UUAGAUAUUAGAUUAAAAAAAGAAGAAGAAAAAACACGCACACAAAAACGACAAGAAUCUCACCUUCCUAUUAUUUCCCCCCUUCCCACACCCCUAUGAAUCGAAACCCCAAAAUCCAAUUACGAAAUCCCUAAUUUUCCCCUUCUCUCCGAGGAAUCUCCAAUGAGCGAGACGCUUCCUCCGCCGCCGUCCCCCUCAUCCGAUGAAGACUUCGCGAACGACGGCGCGUGGUAUGGCAACAUCCAGUAUCUCCUCAACAUUUCAACCAUCGGCCUCCUCUGUUGCGUCCUCAUCUUUGUCUUCCUCAAGCUCCGCAGCGAUCAUCGCCUUAUUCCCGGGCCAUCCGCUCUGUUCGCUAAGCUCCUUGCCGUCUGGCACGCCACCGGCCGCGAGAUUGCCCGCCACUGCGGAGCUGACGCCGCCCAAUUCCUCUUAAUCGAAGGCGGCAGCUUCGCGAUUCUCUUGUCAGUCGCCUUUGUGGCUGUUUCCGUCUUGCUCCCCGUUAAUCUCUACGGCGGCACUGCUUUAUUAGACGAUCAGUUCUCGAAAACCACUGUAAGUCAUAUCAGUAAAGGUUCAGGGUUACUUUGGGUGCAUUUUCUUUUCGUGGUUUUCGUUGUUGCUAUUUUCCAUUAUGGAAUGUCUGCUGUUGAAGAAAGAUUAAGAAUUACUAGGUUUAGAGAUGGGAAUGGAAAUUUAAGUGACCCCAACUCGAAUUCAACUGCAAUUUUUACGAUUAUGGUUCAGGGUUUGCCUAAGAAUUUAGGGGUUGACAAAGGUGUUGUGCUCGAGUAUUUUCAGUAUAAAUAUCCGGGGAAAGUAUACAGGGUUGUCAUGCCUAUGGAUUUAUGUUCUUUGGAUGAUUUAGCCACUGAACUAGUUAAGGUUAGGGAUGAAAUUACCUGGUUGAUAGCAAAGAUCGAUUCACGUCUUCUGCCGGAAGAAAGUGAAGAUGUGAAUGGAAAUGAAGGGUUUCUGGGUUGGAUCCGUUGGUUGGGGAGGAAAAUACAACGAGUUUUUGAUCAGAUUUCGGGUACAUUUGGGUUUACAGAUGAAGAAAAAUUAAGAAAGCUGCAAGAAUUGAGAGCUGAGUUAGAGACUGAAUUAGCGGCUUAUAAGGAAGGGCAUGCACCAGGUGCUGGGGUUGCUUUUGUGAUGUUUAAGGAUGUAUAUACAGCGAAUAAGGCGGUUCAAGAUUUCCGGAAUGAGAAAAAGAGGCGGUUUGGGAAAUUCUUUUCUGUCAUGGAGUUAAAGUUGCAGAGGAACCAAUGGAAAGUUGAACGAGCCCCUUUGGCCACUGAUAUUUACUGGAACCAUUUGGGAUCAACAAAAUUGUCACUGAAACUGCGAAGAGUGUUUGUAAACUCAUGUUUGUUGUUAAUGCUUUUGUUCUUCAGUUCUCCACUUGCAGUAAUCACUGCUGUGCAGAGUGCUGCUCGGAUUAUUAAUGCAGAAGCAAUUGAUAAUGCACAGUCGUGGUUGGCUUGGGUGCAGAGUUCAAGCUGGCUGGCAUCCCUAGUCUUUCAAUUUUUGCCCAAUGUAAUUAUAUUUGUUAGCAUGUAUAUAGUGGUCCCUUCAGCUCUUUCUUAUCUUUCCAAGUUUGAACGGCAUCUCACUGUAUCCAGUGAGCAGAGAGCAGCAUUGCUAAAGAUGGUUUGCUUCUUCCUUGUAAAUUUGAUCCUAUUGAGGGCUCUUGUUGAGUCAUCAUUAGAGAGUGCAAUCCUUCGGAUGGGUCGAUGCUAUCUGGAUGGAGAAGACUGCAAGAGAAUUGAGCAAUACAUGAGUGCUUCAUUCCUUUCAAGAUCUUGCCUUUCUUCUCUUGCAUUUCUAAUCACAAGUACAUUCUUGGGAAUAUCAUAUGAUCUGCUGGCUCCAGUUCCUUGGAUAAAGAACAAGCUUCAGAAGUUUCGGAAGAAUGAUAUGCUCCAGUUGGUCCCAGAAAAUACUGAAGAGUACCCAUUGGAAAACCAGAACCUGAAUAAUUUGCGGAGACCGCUGAUGCCCGAAAGUUUAUUUGACUCUCCUAGGAUGGGUGACAUUGACAUUCCAGGACAGGAUCUUUCUGUCUAUCCUAUCAGCAGCCGGACCUCGCCUAUACCCAAGCAGAAAUUUGACUUUGCGCAGUAUUAUGCAUUUAAUUUGACAAUAUUUGCCCUGACCUUGAUAUAUUCUUCAUUUGCACCACUCGUGGUGCCAGUGGGUGCAGUUUAUUUUGGAUAUAGGUAUGUGGUUGAUAAGUACAACUUUCUGUUUGUGUAUAGAGUCCGGGGAUUUCCUGCUGGCAAUGAUGGAAGGCUGAUGGAUACUGUGUUGAGUAUCAUGCGGUUCUGCCUCGACUUGUUCCUCAUCUCGAUGCUUUUGUUCUUUUCAGUCAAAGGAGACUCAACAAAGCUGCAAGCCAUAUUUACUCUUGGGUUGCUAGUAAUUUACAAACUGUUACCUUCUGAUAGUGAUAGUUUUCAGCCAGGCCUUUUGGAAGGCAUGCAAAAUAUAGACAGCAUUAUUGAUGGACCGAUUGAUUAUGAGGUUUUCUCACAACCUAGAUUCGAUUGGGAUACAUAUAGUUUAUGAUUAUCAAGUCAUUUACGGUUCCCCACUAAUUAAUUAAUUCAAUGAUUUGUGUAGCGUACCUCAAUGGCUUUCUAGUGAAAUCUUUUUAGGUGUAUGUGGGUAUCAUAUUGCCCUUCUCUUUUUACCCUUUUUAACACGUGGGUUGAUUUUUGAUCAUUACUGUAAUGACCUGCUUUGUAUUCAUACCUGGCUCGUGUGUUUUCAAGGAUGUAUUUCACAGUGUCGUGCAAGUGUACAUGAAACGCAUGACUGAUUAAGUCCAAUCAGAACAAGGAAAAUGGCACUAUGAUCUUAAUUCAAGUCGAAACAUUUCAUAUCCA